ACGUUUUCAAGCAAAUCCCUACUAACCUAACCUAACUCAAAUUCAUGCUUUCUGACAUAAGCUUUCGAGUAAGUAGAACAUUUCGCGGAUAUUUUAUUACGACAUCGCAUACCUACAGUAGAUUCUUGUAGUUGUUCCAUUUCCGGAUAAAAUUUGUGAUAUGGUUAAAUUUUAGUUGGAAUUCUAUAGAGUUCUGUAGUGAUUCUUAUACUUUUUAUAAUAGGCGCUUACUUGCACAAGUAUGGAGGUUUCGUGGCAUAUUAUAUUUUUAUGCUGCACGAUAAUUGAAUUCGUCCUUUUAGAAUCUGAGGCAGAAGACUUUUUUAAUAUCCCCUAUACAAAGGAUGAUAAGAAAUUUCCAAUGAACGUUAAUAGUACAAAUUCUGUUGAUCAUUUUAAUUUAACCCAAAUUAUCAUAACUAUCAUACUAGACCAGAAAGUGGAAAUUAAAAAAACGAAUGAAUUAGUUAAAGCAACACUUGCGGAACCAAUCAAAGACAGUCGUGUCGAAGGAGGUGUCUUCAAAAACGAUAGAUAUUUAUUGAAAGAAAUAAUAUUCUUUUGGACUGAUGACACGAAUGAAUCUGCUGCCACAAUAGUCGAUGGAGAAAACUAUCCCUUACAACCCGUAUUGAUCUUCAUGAACGAUAAGUAUGAUUCAUUCGAAAAAGCCUUGGAUAAAGAAGAUGGGCUAGCAAUGUUGAAUUUUCUUGUAGGAAUUUGUCGGGAAGAAAACAAGAAAUUCGAAUCAAAUGAAAAAGCAUUGAAAAAAUUACAAUCACAAACAGUUGCUGAAUCCAACCUUAACACAGUUACCAAAUGGUUUGUAGGAGAAGGUCUCGGUCCAAAUACAACUUAUUACGCUUAUCCAGGACCAUAUAUUGAUAAGUCCGCAAACAAAAGAUAUUACUGCGCUACUGUGGUAACUUUUCCAAAUGCUCCCCAACAAUGUUUAUCCUCACGACAGUUUAAGGACACAUUUGGAUCAUUUACGAACAACGAUGGAAUGACGUUGACCAAUGAAGAACCAGCAUCAGAACAGACUAAACGAAUUGUAAAAUCAAAAGGGGUGAAAUUAAACUCGAAGUUCUCCUAGAAACGCGUCAUUCUACAUAUAGAGUGUCAUCUCGCGAGCCAAUCGCAGUAUCCAAUCUAUAUUCAUCUGCUCAGGCGGGUCAUUGAAAAACAAAAAUAAAAAAACAUAAAAUAUACAUUCGGAGAAUCAAA